CAGGCACCCGAUUGGUUAAAGUGGGUCUAAGCGCCGCCCACGUCACUUCGCAGUCUCUAACCGACCGGCGAAGCCGACCUAAAACCGAAUCCAGUGUCGCUUGGAGAGGUUGGUCGUAUGUCGAGUCAGUUCUCGGAAUCGGGAUAGAGAAUACGCGAUUCAAAAUAGACUUGUUUGGUUUAUGUUGAUAACGCGGGUGAUUGGGGUAGUGAAACUGGGAACAAACUGGAUGUCGAUUAGGAGUCUGGCCUUGUUCAAGCCUUAAACGAAUUGAUUUUUGAAGAAAGAAACGAUUAUGUCGGUAAAGUGACUAGAAGUGUGGUCGAGGUUAUUCGCCAAAGUGUCCACGGAAAACGACAAUAUGGUUUUGGAGUCGGGGGUGUUGCCUCCGCCGCUCCAGAUAUACGCUGCCGCGGCUGCGGCGCAUUUGGCUCCCAGGCCGCCCUGGGCUCCGUUGUUGCAGUUUCCUGGGGCGGCACAGCUGCUGGGUAUGCAAGGGGCCUUCUCGCCUUUGGGUCGGCCGAGGUAUCCUCACGCGCUGGGUCCCGGAUUGAGGGCACCACCUGGGCCACCGUCGGAAGAUUCGGGAAGCGAGUUGAAUGGAAAAGGAGCUGGUAGUAGUGGUGAAGCAGAUUCAGAAUCAGCGGCAUCCAAAAGAAGGAGAAGUAGAACGAACUUUAAUAGUUGGCAGUUAGAAGAACUAGAAAGAGCAUUUUUGGCCAGUCAUUACCCGGAUGUUUUUAUGAGAGAAGCAUUAGCGAUGAGACUAGAUCUUAAAGAAAGCAGAGUAGCAGUUUGGUUCCAGAACAGAAGGGCUAAGUGGAGGAAAAAGGAGCACACGAAAAAAGGACCGGGUCGGCCUGCCCACAAUGCCCAUCCUCAGUCCUGCUCUGGCGAACCCAUUCCUCCGGCAGAAUUGAGGGCGAGAGAAAGAGCGAGACGUCGGAAAAAGUUGCAGAAAGCUUUAGAACGACAAGCAAGAAAACUCAGAGCAAAAGGUAUCACGGUGGAUCUAGUGGCUCUUAAACGCGAAUACCUGGCCCAGAGAGGCACCGACGCUAUGGACAGUGAUAGUGACAUAGACGUGGUCGGCGAUUCGGGAGCCGAAACCGAAAAUUUCGGUGACAAUUCGAUGUUCGCGUCCUCGAUCACAGAUAGCAGCAGUAACGGCGUCGAUCUUACGUCGAGCACGAACGAACUCCCCGACGAAAAAAUCCGACAACGACCGAAUCCCUUCAGUAUAGAUUCCCUACUGAAUAACAACACUUGAACGCGCCCCGACCCUGUUUUAGUGUCGGGCAGUGUAUAUGGAUCCUAGUGGUUUUUGUUCCGGGCAUUGUAUUAAUUUUCGUUUUACGUUAAUAGACCUAUGUUGCAGGAUUUAUGGUGGCUUUAAUAUUCAUUGGCUGUUACUGAAGAAUCUCCAAAACAAAUUCUUAAAAUUUAACAGUUCUGUUUUUAGUAACUGAUCAAAAAAUCAUUACAAAAUAUCAGGGGCUGACUAUCUCACUUCUAUUUAACAAUCUAACAUAAGGCAAGAUCACACGGUCCAAGUGACUUGGACCAUAUACACUUUAAUGUUGCAAUAUAACUGUACUAAUAAUAAUGCUGUACGCGUCUUACUUGUACGCUGUUUUAUAAUAUUGAAUGUCUUAUCUAAGCCGAGUUGGAAGGCUUUUUAACAUCAAAGUAGGGUAGCUCCUAACAUACUUUGAUCCGACGAAGUAUACCAACUCGACCUGGAUAAAACAGUUGAUAUCAUACAAACAGCGUAAAAUUGAGACGCGCGCAUAUAAGUAUAUUUAUAUUGUCGCAUCUGGUUAACUUGAUCCAAAUUACACUUUGGAUCGUGUCAACCGGCUUAUAAAUACAAACUUUCCAGCGGCGAAUCAACAGUUCUCUCUAAAACUCUAAACAAAAUCAAUGGUUAUUGGCAAAAUUUACGUUUAUUGCACGGACAAAAUUUGUAAUGCUAAUCUCAUGGAGUGCUGUAUCUUCUAGUAAGAAGAAAAAAGAGAAAAUUUUCCUUCUUCUAAAGACCUUCUUCUAAAGAAGGAAAAUUUAAUCGGACUAGCCCUCAACAACUUGUAACCGUAUAGCUGUUGAGUCCUAGGCCGAUUAUUUUUUUCUUCUUUUUGUAUAUUUCCCUCAUUAUUUCAAUUUCUGUUCAUCUUCUAGUACAUUUAAUCUAAAUAAUAGAAAAAUCAAUUAAACUGACUUUGACCUUUUAUAUUUAAACGACACCCUUCAUAGUUUAUGGUUGGUAUUAACUGAUUCUUUUUACACUGUAACGGAUUCUUGUACAGUAUAGAAAACAAACCCAGCUUGUUCUUUUUCUGGGAAAAAUUAAAUAACUUUCUGUUAUAGGGUUGAACCCCACCGCUGCCACCAAUUUUAUGUAACAAUUUUUUUUGUAAUAAUAAGUAGGCAUCGAAAUUCAAUGUUCACAUGUCCAAGUGCUGCCACGCUAAAAUAAUUAAAUAUAUUUUAUGCUAUAAUAAUAAUUAAGAUCAAGGUCACGCUAUUAUCAAAGACAUUUUUAUUACAACGCCGACAUUAUCAGUUGUUGUAUCAAACGUUAGAAAAUGCCUCAAUUUUUUUUUAUAAUUUUUAUAGACCAGUUGACUAUGGCAGAUAAUGACGAUCAAGUGCAAAACCAAGACUCCCUUCUUCUUGGUCUUGCCACAAGAUUCGACUUAAAUGGUUCGAAAAAGAGGGGCGUAUUAACUAGUAGAGGAAUAUUAGGUAUGUUUCGAUAAAGUAAAAAUUGAUUAUAAUCGAUAUAUCAAACCGCUAAACCAUAGGUUUUAAGAGAAUUAAAAAAAAAUAUUUUUUGGGCUGGCAAUUGCACAAUUGCAACCCAUAUCUUAUACGAGACAAGUCAAGACAAUAGAGGAUUUUAAAACUUCCUUUUUGCUUAUAUGUAUCAAAUUAUCAUUGUGAAAUUGAUGAUAUUUUGAUAUUAUUGAAUCAAAAUAUUAAAAAAGUAGCUUCUUAUAAUUCCGAAAAAUUACCUAAACAAUAAGCAGCCAAAAUAUAGUAAAUUGUCUAGUAAAUUUUGUCUAGAAAUUAAAAAGUAUUAUGAAAAUCACUUGCCAUAUGUUAUCAACACCAUUCCUGCAAUAUGGGCCUAUUUAACUGACUGUAAAAACUAUGAAACGUUAAUACUUAAAUUAUACGAUAUAAAUUUUUGUUCCUUUUUUCUACUUAACACGCAUCGCAUACUGUAUAGCACUAAUAUAUUUGGUUUUAAUAUGUUUAUAUUAUAAUUAUUUACUGUUAAAUAUCCUUUCUUAUACGGGUAGAGGUUACUAUAUAAAUAUUAUUGUAUAAAAUUUUAAAAAUUUUAUUUUUCUUACAAAAUUGUUAGGUCCAGUUAAAUACUCUCGUGCAAUAUUAUUUUUACAAAAGUGAAUUAUUUAAUUUAUUUGAAAUUCGUGGUGUUACAAUAAUAUUCCAACAUAUUUUCACAAAUUUCAUACAAACAAUUUGGGACACCGUAUUAUCUGUUGAAAUUAAACAAUUAACUUGAGCACAUAUUUACCAGCUUUCUUCACACCAAAAACAUUUUUUUAAAUUAAGCCUCACUGUGAAUAAAUAAAUUUAAUAUCUUUUUAGCUAGAAACUUCCGUACUAUUUAUAUUUUUCUACAAUUCUUUUUGUGAUAAUUCUUUACAUUAUAUUCUAUAAAAAACGUUGUAAAUAUUUUGUAAACAUAUCUUUAGAUUUAGGCGAAUCCCUUUUACCUAUUUAACUUAUUUUCUUGUAUAUAUAUAUAUCGACAAAAUGUAAAUGACCCUGUGUAUAAAAUGCCGCCCAUAAGACAAAACGAUGCUGUAUUUAAUAAAAAAAUAUAAGUACCUUUAAAUUGUAAUAACUAGUUUUAAUUUUUCGAAUACAGAGUGUUGUGGCUAAAACCAUUCCAUUACGGAUUGUUACGUUUAUUUAUGUAUAUUUUAAUGAAA